UGCGAAAUCUAACCCUUCAAAUAAAUAAAUAAAGAGAACUUUUAAUUCCAGCACAAAAAAAAAAAAAAAAAAAAGAGGAUAAUGUGCUUAUGAAUGAACGACAUAAAGGCAGUGCUUUAAACAAAAAGAGAAAAAUCAUUGAAAAGAAAAGUAAGAAUGGCAUUAUUAUCACGCUGUUUUUAUACAUGCAAAACUGCAUGCUUUCACCACAUAUGCGUGACGCAAUCUUCCGGUGACCGGAAAGAUAGUUUUGAGCAAGAGACGGCAUCCCGGCGGGAACGAUCUCCGGCGGUGCAAUUUGCCCCGCUAGAAAUGACUUUUAGGAGGCGACUCUUAUUGGGUGUUGGCUCGGCUUCUUUGGUAGCCGUUGGUGCAAAUUUUUUGGGAGCUACUAGUUUUCUUUUGGGGUUGUCCCCAGAAACUAGUCGUAAUCUCAAGCUUGAUGUCGUUUAUCCUAUUGGUGGCUAUAAUAGGUGCAUAGACACAAAUGAAGGAUUUGAAUUCAUAUACCCAGCAACUUGGGUUGGAGAUCAGAGACUGUUAUACAGAGCAGCAGAGAGAAAAGAGUUGGAAAGAUCACUUGAUCCUCCUUCAUUGAAUACCAGUCGAAGACUUAGCAAUGUUAAUGAGCCUGUUGUUGCAUUUGGGCCUCCUGGUACCAGCGGCGAGCUUAAUGUUAGCGUUAUUGUUUCACCAGUUUCUCUUGAUUUCAAAAUUGAGGCAUUUGGAGGACCAAAUGAGGUUGGAGAAACUAUAGUUAGAACCAUCACAGGAUCUGGGAAACGACCUGAAGUGAAAGGAACUUUGGUAAAGUCGAAUUUGAGAGAGGAUUCGUUAAGAAAUAUAGCUUACUAUGAGCUGGAAUUCAGGGUCGAGAGUCCUUCGUUUCGCAGGCAUAAUGUUGCGGUUUGUUGCGUUCGGAAUGGUAGAUUGUUUACUCUGAAUGCUCAGGCACCAGAAUCUGCUUGGCCAGAAGUGAAGUUAGACUUUCAGAGAAUUGCUCAAUCCUUUAGUCUGACCUCUUGAUACUUCGAAGAACUUUGCUUUGCUUUAAUACUGUUCUGCCAUUUUGCCUACAAACAAUGGUCUCUAGGUCCCCAAUAAUUUUUCAUUAUUGCUGGUUUAAGAAUGAAAAGGCUAUCCUUUGUAAACAAGAACAAAAAACCAAAAAAGAAGCACAUUCUAGUAUAUAAAUUGAUUAGACAGAUUGUUUUUCUUGA